AUGUCGCACGUGCGUGCUGCUGCCUUGCUCUGCGCGUGCGCGCUCGUUGUCAACGCCGCGGCUGAACCUGCGCUGGGGCCGCCGAGAAGAUCCACAAAAAAAGAGUCCAGGGUGGUGAAGGACAAAAUAAUAGCCGUGAAAAAAAUGCACGUUACCUAUAUUUAUCCGUUCAGCCUGUGGCCGUUGCCCAGAUUCUCGAAUACAGACCGAGGAGAUUCUGAACAGAAACAUCAGUACAAAAGAAGUUCACAGAUAUACCAGAUACGAGAAAAUAAAAGAUAA